AUGCAGACGCAAGCCCUCGAUCGUAGUAAGGGGACACUCGUUUUGGGAGAGGAUGCGUUUCAGCGACGUCUUGUGUCCGAUGAGGACCGUCGGCUGCUAUUUUUCGCGAAGAUGUACUUCCUGUGGCACGACGACGUAGAGGAACGGAGAGCUGAGAGAAUCACCACAAGUCAGAUGGCGCGGAUUACUCCAGAAAGCCUUCACGACCAUGAAGAAGCCAGAGGUCUCUCCGAACGGUCAAUGGUUACAAGGACGGCCAAAAGUGGAGAAUUAUUCAGCGCAAUGCCUAAGCGUGAAAUAGAUACAACCCUCGUCGUUUUUCUGACGCACCGACCUGAAGAUUUUGUGAUCGAAAACCUUGUACCCGAUGAUAAACUACCACUCACCUCUCGACCAAGCCCCGAGUUUGACAUGCUUCGGGCUAUACGGCGAGUUUUCUUAGGCUGGCGACAACGUUUCAAGAGCAUCCUGUUUGUCGUAGAUAAAGAAGUGCGCGUGCCAUCUGCGCGUGAGUUCACCUUAGUCGGGC